AUGGGUGUCGAAGUCGUUGUGGUUAGUUCACCUGAGAAGAAGUGCUCUGAACAUACGCGAGUACCUGCGGAAGGUACCAAGUCUUUCCUGUUGCAAGUCAUAAAACAGCUGCUCCUCGUCAACAAGAAAACUGUGGAACUUGAAGAGUCCACAGCCACAAAAACUCCGCGUCUGGUAGUUGGUCACGAGAUGAUGCACGGAUACGACGUGAAUGGCAUACUCCUGGACGCCCUCGGUAGCCGCAUUCUCGACACGGACAGUCUGUCCGCACAACAGUACCAGCUAAGGUUGCUCUGUUUGCGUCAAGCCUACAAGCAGGCGGAGUCAGGAAGAGCCAUGGUACUGGUUGACGACAAGGUCGACUCUGAGGGCUUCGCGGACUUCACGGGCCUCCAGCUGGCGUACUCGGCGUACAGGCGCCUUCAGCCUCGUGAGCGACUGGCCGUGGUGCCUGACGUGGGGCUCACCGCCGAGCAGACUUUCUUCGUGGCGCACUGCCUGAAGUGGUGCGACCUGAUCGCCAAGAGGCGGCCCACGAGCCGCUACUGGCCCGGCCGCUCUCGCUGCAUUGUGCCGCUGCGAAACAUGCCCGAGUUUGCGGCCGCGUUCUCCUGCUCCAAAGGGGCGCCCAUGAACCCCAAAUCGAAAUGCUCGUUCUGGGCGUAG